AUGGAUAAUUUAAACGCUACCUUGUUGACUGAGUUCACAUGGCGUGGAUAUGGGAUUCGUAAAAACGGGACCAUGUACUGCGAAAAACAACCCGUUCUUGUAAACUCUUUUGGCGUGUGGGAGAAGCUAUCACUUGAUCAUACAGGGAUGCGUAUAUGGGAAUACGAUCUUCCUCAUCUCGAGACCGUAAUCGUCCUAGUACUCUGUUUAUGGCAGUUUUUCUAUUUCUUGCUAAAGAAGAUACGUCUUCCGGUUCCAAAGAUCACCUCCAUGAUGCUUGCCGGUGCAGCCUUGAGCCAGACGAGUCUUUUGCCGAAUGACUGGUUGGUCCACUACAUUUUUUUCCCGGAUGAUUAUAGGCCAAAACUCCCCGAGACGCUUGGUGGUUUUGCCUUUGUGUUUUAUUGGUUCCUUGAAGGUGUUAAAAUGGAUGUUGGGAUGAUUAAGAGGACAGGUUUAAUAGCUGUUUUUACAGGAAUUGUCACCGUUCUUUUCCCUAUUUUCACGGCUAACAUCGUGUUUGGGUCGCUAAGAGAAACCGGGGGUAAAAACUUGACAGGAGUUGAGUACAGAACAAUGAUUUUCAUGCAGAGUAUUUCGGCGUUCACUGGUAUCUCAAGGCUUAUUGGAGAUCUCGAGAUCAACCACUCCGAGUUCGGUAGGAUCGUGCUUUCCACGGCUAUGGUGGCGGAUGCAACGGGUUUUGGUGUUAACCUAGUUGCCUUAGUAGCGUGGUCGGAGUGGAGGGUUUCCGUGUUGCACUACUUAGGGCUUGCGGGAUAUGUCGUAGUUGUGAUUUGGGUAGUGAGACCGUUGAUGCUUUGGGUGAUCAAACGGACACCGGAAGAUAGACCGGUGAAGGAAUGCUACAUCUACAUCAUUAUCAUUUUUGCUUUCUUUUCUUACGAUUAUUUGAAGAUGAUUCAUAUUUUUCCGGCGGUUGGACCGUUCCUUUUGGUUCACGAGAUCCGUAAACUAGGGGAUUUUGAUGGUCAGUUGUAUGAAGCCUUGUCCAUCAUCAUCGUCGUCUCCGCCGCCAAGAUUUUCUUCUCAACUAUUCCUCCACUGCUAGCUAAAAUGCCUCUAACAGACUCUUUCGUUAUGGCACUUAUUCUCAGCAAUAAAGGAAUUGUUGAGUUGUGUUAUUUCAUGUAUGCAGUUGAAAGAAAAGCUCUUCAUGUGAAGUCUUUCACAACAAUGGCUAUGCUGAUUCUUAUAAGCUCUACGAUAUUACCGGUGGCUAUACAUUACCUAUACGAUGCGUCAAAACGAUUCAUUUGUUUUCAGAAGAGAAAUCUAACGAGCUUGAAGCUUGGAUCAGAGCUGAGGUUUCUAGUGUGCAUUCACAAAGCAGACCACAUCUCAGGGAUGAUCAACCUUCUAGGAAAUUAUUUCCCUCUAGAAGAUCCCUUGCUCACUUGCUACGUGCUUCACCUCGUCGAGCUUGUGGGUUUGGACAAUCCACUCUUUAUCUCCCACAAAAUGCAAAAGGCUGAACCAGGAAGCCGGUCUUAUUCAACCAACGUUCUCAUUGAUUUUGAUACCUUCAAACAUUACUGGAAAUCCAUGUCGCUAGAAUUGUUCACAUCCAUCUCUAAUCCAAAGUACAUGCAUCAAGAGAUUUACUUGCUCGCUCUCGACAAGCAAGCAUCUUUUAUCAUGCAUCCUUUCCACAGAAUAUGGUCACUCGACCAGACAACGGUGGUCUCAGACGAUAUAACACGUAGGAAUGUUAACAUCAAUGUUUUGAGACAAGCACCUUGCUCCGUAGGGAUCUUUGUCCAUCGCCAAAACCUGUUAUCUACACAAAAGAGCAAUACCGUUUUUAAGGUCUGCUCAGUUUUUGUGGGCGGGAAAGACGACAGAGAAGCUUUAGCAUUGGCGAAGCAAAUGAUGAGGAACCAAAAUGUGAGCCUAUCGGUGUUGAAGCUAGUCUCAGGGACGAUGGUCGGCAUGACCACAGGGUGGGAUAAGAUGCUUGACACGGCAGAGCUUAAGGAGACACUAAGGAACAAUCACACAGAUUUGGUAGAAGAACAUAAUUUUGUGGAAUACGUAGAGGAGGAAGUAAACGAUGGUUCAGACACAUCAAGAAUCCUUCUCUCGAUAGCUAAUUCUUUUGAUUUAUUUGUGGUGGGGAGGAGCACCGGGAUGGGUACCGAUGUAACGAGGGCACUAAGUGAUUGGACAGAGUUUGAUGAGUUAGGUGUGAUCGGAGAUUUGUUGGUCUCAUCGGAUUUUCCACAUAGAGGAUCAGUGUUAGUGGUGCAACAACAACAGAAUGCAGCUUGUAGAUAA